AUGAGUGGUAAAUUUGUAAGGGCUUCAAAAUACAGACAUGUGUACGGGCAAGUCGCAAAGAAAGAGCGCCAAUAUGAGAACAUAAGAGUCACAAGCAAUGCGUGGGACUCUAACCUUAUUAAAGCGAACAGCAAAUUUCUUGCUGUCAAUUGGAACUCCUCUGGAGGUGGUGCUUUUGCGGUGAUUCCACUGGAAGAAGUUGGGAAAGCACCAGAUCAAGUCCCACUGUUCAGAGGUCAUACGGCUCCCGUUUUAGAUACUGAUUUCAAUCCAUUUAAUGAUUACUGCCUUGCAUCAGGCUCAGACGAUGGAAAAAUUGGUAUUUGGGAAAUUCCACAGGACUACUCGUUCCACAACUACGCCGAUUCAGAAGGGGAGCCAAAAGAUUUGAAGCCAAGAAAGUUUUUAGUUGGUCAUGGUCGUAAGGUCGGACACGUCUUAUUCCAUCCGACUGCUGAAAAUGUGCUUGCCUCUUCUUCUCUCGAUCACACCGUGAAAUUCUGGAAUGUUGAUUCGGGAAAAGAGCUCUUCAGUCUGAAACAUCCAGAUAUGGUUACAUCCAUGUCUUUCAGUUACAACGGUGAUCAUUUGGCGACAGUUUGCCGGGACAAAAAAAUGAGAGUAUGGGAAAUAAAAGGUGAGAAAAUAGUAAGUGAGGGACCUGCGCAUUCUGGUGCCAAAAAUCAAAGAGUAGUCUGGCUCGGAAACUCUACUAGAAUUGUUACUACCGGAUUUUCUAAGCUAAGUGAUCGUCAGAUAGGUGUUUGGGAUGCGUUCAAUCUCGAAAAAGGCGACCUUGGCGGCUUUUACACAGUGGAUCAAUCUUCGGGUAUCCUAAUGCCAUUUUAUGAUGAUUCGAAUAAGAUUUUGUACGUGGUUGGAAAAGGUGACGGUAAUAUUCGUUACUUUGAGUUUCAAAACGACGAAUUGUUCGAGCUUUCCGAAUUUCAAUCGAUUGAUCCUCAAAGAGGAUUCGCGGCUGCUCCAAGAAGGGCGGUUAGUGUCAAAGAAAACGAGAUUUUGAAAGGAUUCAAAACAGUCAACAACCACUGUAUUGAGCCCAUUUCAUUCUAUGUUCCUAGAAAAUCAGACUCUUUUCAGGAUGACAUAUAUCCGGACGCUCCGUCUGGUGUAGCAGCACUCACGAUAGACGAAUGGCUGUCAAACAAGUCAGUCCAAGGGCCUAUUUUGUUUAACGUCAAGUCCCUAUUUGAUGGCUCAGAGCCUGUCUUGACACCAUCUUCCGCUGGAAGCUUGGCGUCUGUGUCGUCUGCCCCGACUUCUGGGGCCUCCAAGAGUUCGGAGAUGAAGCCAGACAGCGAGAACAAAACCGUAAGUGCGUCAUCAGCAGAAAAAACAAGCACAAGAGCUUCAGCACCCAUCUCUGUACCAGUCUCAGAUGCGCAAAUAACGGCGAGCGCGAGCACUGGAAUUGAUGAUGUGUUAAAGGAAGACAAGUCUGUUGACCAGCUUUUACAGAAAGCAACUCAGUUGGAUAGUGUCAAUGAUGCUGAGGAUCCAUCGAAGCGGGCUUCAACUUGGGAUGAGGAUGAAGAAUUGGCUCCUCCCAAAGCAAAUUCUGCGAUAUCCUCAAAACAAGCAGGCCAAAGUGUUAAUGAGGGAAAACACGAAAAAGUCGUAAAAUCAUGCGCUUUAGAUGGGACAGAAUCGUCGCAAGCCUUACCCAACGAGAAGACACCAAUACCGUCAACUAUUGUCGCCCCUGAAAAAUCAAAAGAAGCAGACAAAGGCGCCAAGUCUACAUUGGAACAAGAAAGCAUCUCCGACCCCAAGAAUCCAACAUCGGUAUCACCACCAGCUGCUACUAAGUCUAUGGGUUUGAAGCAGUCUGUUGAGAAGCUUUCGGCUCUUGUUCUCCAGCUUGAUCAAGUUGUGACCGGCUUGAAACAAGCUAAUUUGGAUAAAGACACUAGGCUAAAAGCUAUGGAGGCAAAGCUGGAGCAACUAGUCCAGAACUGA